GGUAGGCCCUCAAAGUAACCUUUUGAGAGCGAUUUAGUCCCAGCAAGUGGUAUUUUAAAAGCCAUGAUGACCUUCAAUUAUAGCAAUCUGGCGCUCUGGCGCGCGAACAUCAAUGAGGGCUUAAAAGCACGUGGGAAACAACUGCAAUGCUUUAUUAUUUAAAACAAUGUAACACACAAAUUUGAAACGGCUACAGAUGCGGUGACAUGCUUGCAUAAAAAUUUCGUCAGCUACCACACAACAUCGUGGUCAAGCACGUGGAUCGGCGUGUAGUACGCAGGGACGACAACACAGGGGCUUUGUUGUACAGCACAGACUUUACCAACACCUAUUACCAUCCCAACCCUGCGCAUCUUAAAAUGCAAUGAUGCUUCGCGUUCUUUAAAGAACAUUUUUCCAGACUCCGCACUUUCCACACUCCCCAUUUUCCACACUCCGCACUUUCCACACUUCGCAUUUUCCACACUCCGCACUUUCCACACUCCGCACUUUCCACACUCUGCAUUUUCCACCCUCCGCAUUUUCUAAGCUCCGCACUCCGCACUCCGCACUCCACGUAUUCCACCGAACCCUGAAUCAUAGUCAAAAACGCUUUAGGAGGAAGGAGGGAUUUCAUGAGUUGACCACAGGACAGUUUAUAAUGAGAGCAAGAAGAAAAUAGCGGUCUGCGUCGCUGGUGACCUUUUGUCGCCCGCUGCUUAGGAGUCAACUGCGAGACACCGUACUUAUCCGAGCGAACUAUACGACAUACACAAGAAUUAGUGAGACACAAAGCAUAUUAUAUGCUCUAUAUUGUCAAAGUCAACAACCAAGUGUCAUUUCAACAAACAUCUACAAGAUGACAUCACCAGACUCAACCCAAGGAACUUGGCGAUCGUGCGCGGAUGGAUUUGGUACCCACAUACUCAGGCUGGGAAUUUCCGCUCUCCAUACAGCUAAAGAUUGCGGAGUCCAUUUUACAGCCGUGUACAGCAUGCUUUAAAAACAUAAUAAUAAAUAAUUUAGUAUAUGGACAAACGGAACUGAGGUCCAAAUGGUUCAGGACGAUGUAUGACGGAAACUUCUUGGAUCUUGUUGAGUACAUGUAUUAUAGACUAUUCAGUCACUGAUGAAAUAUUCUCGUACUUUUCCUUAUUAGCAAGGCCUCAAUAAAUAUUUUGACAGACAAACUUCUAACAUAAGAGCGCAUGAGCUACUCUCCUGAAACGUAUAAGCCAUAUGACUUUUUAAGCGGUUAAGCUGAGUGGGAUUUAGGGAGUGAAGAGUUUCAGUCAGAAAAAUUCUAAGUACGAUUCUAUAGGUAGGAGCUCAAUGGCUUAACUUAAAUUUCUCGAAAUUUCCUUGAGAACGGAAAGGAGUUUUAAAAUCCUUCUAAAUCUCAGUCGAUCUUUGCCAGCUAUUUGUUUUUUAAUCUCAGAAGUCUUUUGCCGUAAGUUUAGAGAGCCCUCUUAACAUAAUCCUGAAAGUGCCAUAGUGACCAAUAGCUAAUUUCCACUCACAGUGGUAAUACAUUUUGAAGUAGACAUGUUUUGAGAAUUCAAGAAGUGAUCGAUUCAACUCAAAAUCAUUCCGUGAUUCUUGCCAUGACCGCUGAGAAAGCAAUCCCUUGUACCGGAAAUACAGUGCUGCUAUCAACACAGUCCUGACUGUUAUCUGCAGAUUAAUAUUUUCACAAUUGUACAAAAUCCUCACUUUUGUGUUUCCUUUUUUCUCCGCCACUCAUCCACGAAACCCAUUUUAAGUACUUACUUUACACGUGUAGUUAUGCCAGGGCGAGCGAUUAGCAUAAUCGCAUUUUUCCAGUAUUGGCGAUUGAUUCCCAUUUAGAAAUCACAACUGACAGCAGAUUUGAAAACACAAACAAGCACCGCGUUAUCGGUUGACGGACAGUAAUCGUCACCGUCUUCACAGGCGUCAAGUUGUACACCGCAAGAAAUUUUGUAUUUUCACAAUGUUUACUCCGUAAGAACCCAUUCAAAUGGACAGAUGUGAUUAAAACUUGCCGAAGAGCUUCGGAGUUCCCGCUGUUUUCAGCCCAAACACAUCUCACAAAAGAAGACGAGGCGAAUUCGUAAACGUUUCGACUGGCUAACUGGUAAGAGCAGGUGUUAAUUUGCUUGUGGAGUCCAUCUAAAGCAGCAGUCAUGUCGCACAAUUUGACAACGACUGGUUUCCUGUGGGUCUUGAUGUCAGUUUUAAGCGCGCUUUCAGCUUCGGGCGGAUAUUUUCUACCCUACUGGAUAGAAGGAAAAUUGUACAACACAACAGUGUACUUGGGUGUGUUUCGCCGCUGUAACUUCUUGGUAAAAAGAGACGAUGGACUCUCAGUCCUUGAGCGAGCGUGUGGUCGCUACGCUAGUUUUCAAGACAUUCCUUCCGAAGCAUGGAAAGCUAGCACUGUAAUGAUGGGGAUCGGCUGUGGAAUCUUGCUUCUUGUUGCUUUGACAGCCAUAUUUUCCUGCUGUUUAAAGGACAUUGUCACUAAAACUUCUGCUCGAAUUGGAGGAGGGUUUCAAUUUUUGGCUGGUUUCAUUCUUGCCGUAUCUUGUGGUAUUUAUCCCUCAGGCUGGGGUAGUGUUGAAUUUAAACAAGCUUGCGGGAACGACGCCAAUUUCUACAAGCUUGGACAUUGUAAGUUAGGCUGGGCAUUCUUUCUGUUCGUGGCAGGGACUGGCUCAGCCUUUAUUUGCGCAGCUCUGUCGAGACAAGCAGGAAAACAGAAAAAGAUGUUGUAUUCACGACCUAACAUCGAGAGAUCGAACAGUUUUUUGAUGUAGCAAGCAUCACAUCUCUCCGAAGCUUUCUUGUGGAAAACAAUGUAAAAAAACCCUACACCCUCACUAGUAGCCAUAUACGUUGGUAUCAAUGCAAGAUGAUAUAUAGGAAUAUUCACGAAAGAAGCUCUGACGGGCCGGAAAAUGUCCUACUCAGGUUGUUGAAAGUUUUUCUAAGGACUCGUGUCGUCAAACUAAAAGUGUCGUUAUCACAUCUGACCAAUCACGACAAACCCAAAUGACAAGUGAACCAAUCAACACCGUCAAAGUUAAGAGCUACAUUGUAGGUGCAACCCGCGUCAAGCGCGGGAAAUUGUACAUUUUCGAUGCUAGUCGACAUAGUUAUCACAACGACAACUCUGUAGCUAGCGAUAUAGCAGAACUAUAACACAUUCACAGUUGAGUUUUAAACAUGUUAAUACAAUUUUUUUCUGCUUUACAAUGAAAACAAGCAUCUCAAAAUAGAGGGUAACGACGGUCUGACAGCAGUCUGCAUGACAGGCUGAAAAGAAUACUCAAAAACUUAAGCGCGUUCUUUUUCACUCGUGAGUCAAAAAUCUCAGUUUCAGUCCCUCACCCGGCAGUGCUUCAGCUCUGCUAAUAGACUGUUAUAUCCUCCAUAUUAGGCCUAUCCCGAUUGUGCUCUUAAAAUGCUGGAAAGUUGCUCACUGGAAUACCAAAAAGUUGCUAAAAAAUUGCCAAAAAUCCAAAACGUUGCUGCCUAAAUUUCAAAAGUUGCUACCUAAAUUUAUCGAUCAUGUUGAUUUUUUUAUAUAAUCGUUAAUUAAAAGCUUUAUUUUUCGUUUUUCACAAUAAUUGCUAACAUCGGUUAAGAAAAAUAGCUUGAAACUUAGCUUUUAAGAGUAGCUCGCAAAUAUAGGUGAAAUUUAAGGAUACUCUCAAGUCUAACGGACCAAAACACAUGGUUAAUUUGACGUCUUGCCGAACGAUAUGAGAGAACUUCAAACUUCAAAAGGUUGAUAAACGUUCAAGAAAUUCGCAUAAAUUGAGUUUUUCUAUGAAAUCGUUGGCUUUUUCAUGCUUGAUAUGUGCUCUAGACCUAUAUUUUGCUCAAACGUUGCUCAGAAAGGCAAAACUUGCUCGAGGUGGCUAGAACUGUAAAAAGUUGCUGCAAACGCCAAAAGUUGCUCAAAAGUUGCCGAGAUCAAUCUGGACAGGCCUACUCCGUAUCCAGCUGAAGGGAAGAAAAAUCAAGAAAGCCCACCACGUGACCUGCAAAUAACUGGCUACAACCAAUGGUCUGCUCAUGCGUAAU